AUAGGUCACUUGUUUCUUAAAUAAUUUUUAGUAUUAUAUCUAUAUUUUUACUUAACUUGUGGAUUUAUUAUUUUAUAAUGCGUAAAAAUGGCUUUGAUUAUGAAUGAUAUUGUUUGAGUGUUUUUAGCACUUGCUUUGACUAACUACUUGCGUUUUAAAACGAACUAUUUGUGAUUGAAAAUGGUGGAAAAUGGGGGUUCUAGUGGAGGAAGUGAAAGCCCUAAUGCCACUUGUGUACGAUCAGGAUUGCUGGAGACGCUUGUUCGGGGUGUAUGGUAUCGCGUCCAUUGCUGUCUUGAAGACGACUAUUUAAGUGUUUGUUUAGAUGAUGGAUACGACGCAACUACUACGCUCAAUGGUACCUUAAAUAAUAACAAUGUGGAAACUCCAAACAGUGAUUUUACAGAGGUACCAGAGGCAAUAGCAAACCAAAAAAGAGUUGUACAAGUGGUCAAAUCUGAUAACAAUGGUCUUGGUAUAUCAAUAAAAGGAGGAAUUGAGAAUAAUAUGCCUAUACUCAUAUCAAAAAUCUUUAAGGGUAUGGCAGCAGAUCUUACAGAACAGUUAUAUGUAGGUGAUGCUAUUUUAUCAGUUAAUGGUGAAGACUUAAAAGAUGCAACUCAUGAAGAAGCAGUAAAAGCCCUCAAAAGAGCUGGAAAAAUGGUUCAAUUGGAAGUCAAAUAUCUACGUGAGGUGACUCCUUACUUUCGCAAGGCCUCAAUCAUCAGUGAGGUUGGUUGGGAAUUACAGCGUGGGUACAUGAUGGAAACACCACCAUCGCCACCUUCACCUCGACGCAGACGCGCCGAUACUCGAUAUGUGCCCUUGUUAAUGGCCUGUGUUGCUAAGAACCUUCGUCAUCAUGAUCCUGAGGAGCGUACUAUCGAGAUUUAUUCCCCUGAUGGUGUUCACGCGUUAGCAUUACGAGCAACUUGUAGUAACACAGCUUCAGGCUGGCAUCGUUCGCUUCACGCGGCGGCAAGAAGGGCUUGCCGGGCUGCUUUGGCCCGUGCUAGGCCAAGACUCCGACCUUUGAUUGGAGAUGUGAGAUACGCCGGCUGGCUGGCUAGAAGACCGCCUCAAGACAUUGGUGCGUCAGCGGGAUCCGAUGAGUCAGAUGAAGCUGAAGGAUGGCAGCCGACAUUCGUCGCCAUUACGGAUCGUGAACUAAGGCUAUAUGAAGCCGCCCCGUGGUCGGCUGAGGCCUGGUGCGCGGCCAGCGAGUGUUUUGGGCUGGCUGCUACCCGCUUAGCAUGGUGGCGAAGGGGAGGUGCCGGGGCUGCAGCCCUCGGGGUGAGAGCAGGCACUCCUGCGGGACUCGCGGUGCGUUCUCUACGGGCGGACACCCCACACGAUCUUGCAGCGGUUGCAGGCGCUUUGGUAGACGGCGCUCACCAUGCAGUGCGGGAACAACCCGAGUUUACUUUUCGUUGCCGAUACCGCGGCGCCUGUGGGCGAUUAUCUCUCGGUGCGAGUGGAGUAUGCGUGUGGGAGGCAGCGGGGUCCCUCGGCCGUGGUGGGGCAAGGGCUCUUUACCGACGACCUUUGCACGCCCUUAGGGCCUCCGCUGACGAUGACCGUACAGCUCUGUGGUUGCACUUCGCUGACGAUGAUACUCUGGAACUAGACAUGGAAGGCAGUCCAAAACCAGCUGUGUUUAUUCUGCACAAUCUCUUGUCCGCGCGAGUUCAUUCCCUACCGGGCGAAGCGUCGGCUCAACCGCUAUAACACGAGGAUGAUGACCGAGGACUUCGAAAUGAAUAGGCAAUAUUAGAUCCAAUUCAUUCCGCUAGGGGCGCUAUCUAGCCAAUAUGGCUAAUAUUCAUUUGACACUUGACGUUUGACAUUGACAUAAAAAAUUAACAAUACAACAAAACGCGCGAAAUUACAUGCGCUAUCUAUGAAGUAUUUCACAGUACACUGUUACUCUAUUCUCAUUUAUAUUAAUUAAAUUUUAGUUUAUUCUUCGGAAUGCGCUAUGGCGUUGUGUAAUUUACUUGCAUUACGUGUAAAGUAUGAAACAACUGUUUUUACCUGCGCCCUCUAGUACUGUUAUUUUGCAUAAUAUUUCCUGUGAAAGUUUUUGAAGAAACUAGUAUAUUUAAUGCUUAGAUGAUAUUAUACCUUUUGGCAAGACAACAUCUUCGUCAGAUGGAUAGAUCGAAAGCGAACAAAUAGAAGAUGAGUGUACUGGGGUAGAAAAUAGGCAAUAUCUUAACAAUUAUUUCAUAUCAUAGUCACAUUGCUUUAUUGCGUGUAAAUGGCAUUGAAAAUGGUUUUUCUAUUGAAAAAAUAGCCUGCUUAAUAUUAAGAUAGGAUGCCAUAGUUGGGAAGUAUGACAAUAUGUGAACAAGUCCUUUCUUCAAUAAUUUAAGAAAUUAAAUUGUUUUAAUAUGGCUACAUUGAUAAGUUACCGACAUUUUAUAAUUAUCAAUAUAAAUACGAUUUUUUAUUCGUAUAAGAGUUAAAUAAUCCUCAGAUCAAUACAAUCGGUCGCUGUUAAAAUUUCUUCCAAAGAAUGAAUCUCUUAUAUUUUACUAAUUAUUUUUUAAUCUGCGACAAGUGACGUUGUUUACAAUAUAUUUUUUUAUAUUUUUUUUUGUUGUUUAGAUAUAUAAAUUAGUUGUAGAAUUUAUACAUUCCCAGAAUGUAGAGUAGAUUUGCUUUAAUUAUUGUAAUUGUAUUAAGUCAAUAUUGUAGAUGAUGUGUAAUCUCAUGUAAUUUAGGAUUGUAAUAUUUAUUGUUGCGGAUCGACAUAAUAAUAUUUUCUCGUAUUUUCGCUACAAUAAUUGUAAGCGAAGCGUUCAAUUGAUUUAAUAGGAGUUAUACGUCCGAUAGUGAGGAGCAACAAUUCACGAGGUUAUAGGCCUAUCCGGUUUUUUUUAUGUAAAGUGAACUUUAGCAUCAAAAACACCUUAAAAUUCGGAUAUGGAUCUGUAUUUUUAUAGCACUUUCUUCCAAUUGUCGAGUUGAUAGAUCCACCAUCUUGGAACCAUAUCCACCAUACAACUGCCGUGACGCAACGCGUUUUGGACUAGCAAUUGACCAAUCACAAUCGAACGGACCCAUCGUUUCGUCUUUCCGGUUGUGCAUUCAUAAGCACGGAAGUCGGCGUUAUCCGUAAGAAGGUAGUCUAAGUGACGUUGGGUGACUAAGUCACGUUUUGCUGUUCACAAGGAAUGACCCAAUGAUGUAUAUAAAAUCAAUUGAAUGCUUUUUUUUAAUGGUCAGCUCUUUCUCAUGUUUCAUAAUCUCUACAUUCUUAUGUAUGGAAAACAUAUAUCACGAUAGGUUACAAAGCAAUGUUUCUAUAUUCAUGUCUUCGGAGUGAAAAGGCAAUAGUUAGUGUUUUAAGUGUUUCAUAAGGUAGUUUUAAGGAUCACGUAUGCGUAGUAUUAUAGUGAUUAGUCAUUUUUUAUGAAAUUGUCGUGAGAUAAUAGAAUCGAAAUUCAUGGCGUAAAAAGUAGGAUUUUAUAAAUUUUUGACGUUUCGAUCGAGCCUUUGACGGUUAGGGGGUCAAAGUCAAAUGCUUUAAAAAGAAAAUAAUAACUUGGUUUUUAUAUCCGCUUAAUAUUUGCUUCAUAACAUCUCAUAUCCAGACCGUCCAAACACUCAUUUCAAUAAUUCCUUUAUUCUUACCCAAACUUCCUCUACUGAGAAAUUACUGCUUGCUGUAAAUAUACAUACUAUUAUCUUGCGACAAUUAACCCGAGGUUACCAUGAUGUACCGAUUUUUAUAUAAUAAAUCGUUACACAAUGAUAUUGAUAUUAAAUAUACAACCACAGAGUAAGAUUCAAAUUAAUCAAUACCUCAUGAAUCAUCUCAAAAUCUGAUACUCAUUGUUAUAGAAUAGACAACAUUGGAAUAAAAUAUUUUGCCUCUUCCAUUUGGAUCCUACUACCUUGUAUAUAUAUUAUUAUAAUGUGUUGGUUGGUAUUAUAACAUUAUAUAUUCCACCCUUAACGUUAAAUUCGACUACCUAAUACAAUCAUUUUUAUUUACGAUAUUGCAUUGAUAUUUAAAUAUAGGAAUCGUUUAAUGAAACUAACGUGAUACAUCGAUUGAUUAACGAUUUAUAAAAUCCAAAAAAACAUAAGUUUUAUGGAUGAAAACAUUGUGGUUUAUUGGAUAGGAUAUCCAAAAUAUUGAAAUUUAAAGACUAAUGUUUGUAAUCAUAUCAAUUACGUGGAAACAUAUACAUAUAAUUAACUGAAACUAUAUCUCUUAGGAUUUCUAAAGACAUUACUCUAUAGACUUUUUACAACUGCUAGCUACUGUGACUUUUAACAUUUUAUCGCGUAUUAGCAAUUUAAAUAAUAAUUAUAUGCGAAAUAUUUCUUGCUCCAGACACCUUUUUAAAUUUGACAUUACUUCUGAAACUCAAAUGAUUAAACACUUUAAUAAACAAUAUCUAGUUUUCGAAUUAAGAAGUGCUUGGGGCAGAUUAUAUUUUCCUAAAAUCCCUGAGAUGAUAAAACAAAUUCAUGAUGAAUCCAUGAUGUUCUGCUGUUUUAUGAUCGAUGGGAUGCUUUAAUGAUUCGUAACCAAAAUCACAACCAAUGAUCGCAUAAACUAAUAAGUUUUUUGUACCUUAUAAUUUAAGUUUAGUGAUUGCACUGCCAAUAAUAUAUUUUUACCUAUACUUUUAAGAUUUGGCCUCGUUAUAUUUAUUUUAACUUGUUAUUUUGUUAUGCUAUUAAUAUCUUAACACGUUUACUGUUAUUUUAAUUAUACGUAUGUGUGAGCAGAGGUGGAUUUUGAUCACUGUAUAUCAAAUGUAUGUGAUCGAUUGGUAUGUGAGAUUUCAUCAAUACUUAGAUUGUAAUUUACUAUUAAAACAACGAAGAAA